AUGCAACUGGCGAAGGCAUCUCCGCAACAGGACACCCGCCAGCGCGCUGAAGACUUGACGAUUACUGACCAAAUCACAAUCCAGCAGUCCAGCUGUGCCGAUGGAGUUGAAAUGCUGGACGAACGUGGGGUUGAAGGUAUGGACUGCCUUCUCAAACAGGUUGGCAUUGGCGAUAAUCAUGUCGAAUUGUCACAUGAUUGCAAGGCCAGUGUUGAGGACAGGGCUCGGGUCACCUCGAAUCCAAUUCGCCCAGACACAGCUUUGGAGAAGAUCGCCGCUGUUAGCAGAGAAGCCCAACAGCCGCAGGAUGGCUUUGAUGUCAAACCUGACGAGUGGGAUGCCAGCAAGUUUGACCCAUCUGGGUGCCAUGAUGGUGUCGCACGUGCAGCAUCACAUAUAGCAACUGAAAGAUGCCACCACGGCAGAGAAGCGGUGGGCGAUGCCGCAGAUGCCGAUGGUUCCUGCGGAAACGCGCCGAGCGCCCUUGGCAACGGUGGGCUCUUUGCAUCGGGCUGCAAAGGCUUCCAGGACGUAUCAGACAUUCACCCAGACACGGCCAAGGAGCUGGCCAAUCUCAUAUUGCAGGCAGUGGCUCUGGACAAAUGCCAGGCUCAAAAUUCACAAGGUAGACAACACAGUGGCCAGCAGCAUCCCCAAAGGGCUUGUGCGGCGCCAAAAGCAUUUGUUCUCGUCACGGACAUAGUUGACGAUCCCCUUCACAGGCCGAAGCAUGUGUAUCCGUCGGGGAAAGGUGCAGGAACAACCCACGACAAAGGCCCGUACGCUGCAAAGAAACCAGCAAGCAUUUCAGACUCCGUUUCCAUUGCCGAAAACCUGCCAGACGGCUCCGCGCAUAGCCAGAGCGUGACGAUUGAGCCUAUCAAUACGCCCCUUGGGGACCCAAACAGUGCUGCAGUUCAUACAGUUCAGCAGGGUGCGGGCAUCGCUUCAGAGCAUGGCGGUAUGGCUUCAGAACAAUGCCGAGGAUUGAGGCUUGGCGUGCAGCAAUCCACACGAAAUAUUCCAGGUGGAAUUGGCUCUGCGAAGAAAUCCCAUUCACGAGAAUUGCUGCCGGGUGCGCUGAAGAAUCCCACUCUGAGAGCCGCCGCGGCUAGAGCAGCCACGGCAAGAAGAGAAAUGAGGAAGGCUGCGCUACAAGAUCUCAAUAAGAGCUUUCGGGAUGUGGAGAAACUGGCCGCCACUGUGGAAGAAGAAAUGAUACAGGCGCACAAAAUGAUGCAGGAGUUCGAGAGAUCUCGACGAAUGGCACAUCGCAACCUCCUCGGGCGAGCACUUCGGACGGCAGGAGAUGCGAGCGGGAGCCACAGCACCCCUCCAACAUCUGAUGCCGACAUCAACUGGAGCGAGAAUUCGACACUGGCGUCCAAAGACUGA